AGGCUCCCGGCGCGGCUGGGGAAGGAGGGAGCGAGCAAGUCAGCGCAGAGCGGCCGAAGGUGGCUGGCGAGGAGCGGGCUCGGGGGCGCAGACAACUUCGCUGCGAGUUGGAGCCGGCAGCCCGCGGUGCCUGGGCUGUAACCGGACACCGGGGAGAGAGCGGCGGCGGGGCGGAGGAGGAGAGAAGAGCCCGUAAGGGGGUAGGAGGAUGGUGACCGCCGCCUCCGCCUAGCCGGACUCCGCGGCGGCGCCCGGGACUCGCGCUCCGAGCCGGGCUCGGGGCAGCCGGCCAUGGGGACGGGGCAGCUCGCCUGAGCUCCCGCUAACUUUCCCCCCCAGGCGGGCGGAGCGGGGCAGGCGGAUGGAGGAUGCGCUGUCCCCGGCGGGCUGUGUGAGCAGGGGGCGGCGGCGGGGACGAUGAAGAAGCAGCCGCAGCAGCAGCACAGCAGCAGGGGCUGCCAGGAGCCCCGGCCCCAUGUGGCCCCUUCAGCUGGAGGGGGGCCUGGGCAGGGGGGUGCCUGGAGGAGGCGGCGGCCCCUCUCGCUGCUGCCUUUCCUCUCGCUCCGCGACUACGGCUUCUGCAUGGCCGCCCUGCUGCUCUUCUGCCUGGGCUCCCUCUUCUACCAGCUCAACGGGGGACCCCCGCACUUUCUGCUGGACCUGAGGCACUAUCUAGGAAAUUCCACUUACUUGGAUGACCAUGGACCACCCCCACGCAAGGUACUUCCUUUCCCUAGCCAAGUGGUGUACAACAGAGUUGGAAAGUGUGGGAGUCGAACUGUGGUUUUGCUUUUGAGAAUCUUGUCAGAGAGGCAUGGGUUCAACCUGGUUACAUCAGACAUUCAUAACAAAACCAGACUGACCAAAAAUGAACAGAUGGAAUUGAUUAAAAACAUAAGCACUGCUGAGCAGCCCUAUUUAUUCACCAGACACGUUCAUUUCCUCAACUUUUCAAGGUUUGGAGGAGAACAGCCAGUGUACAUCAAUAUUAUUAGGGAUCCUGUCAACCGAUUUUUAUCCAACUAUUUUUUCCGUCGAUUUGGAGACUGGAGAGGGGAGCAGAAUCAUAUGAUCCGCACCCCAAGUAUGAGGCAAGAAGAAAGAUAUCUAGAUAUUAAUGUAUGUAUUCUUGAAAACUACCCUGAAUGUUCCAAUCCCAGGUUAUUUUACAUCAUACCGUAUUUCUGUGGACAGCAUCCAAAAUGCAGGGAGCCUGGAGAAUGGGCCCUCGAAAGAGCAAAACUGAACGUGAAUGAAAAUUUCCUGCUUGUGGGGAUUCUGGAAGAGCUAGAGGAUGUGCUGCUUUUACUGGAAAGAUUCUUACCUCAUUAUUUCAAGGAUGUGCUCGGCAUCUACAAAAACCCAGAACAUAGGAAACUUGGAAAUCUGACUGUGACCGUGAAAAAGACCGUCCCUUCUCCAGAAGCCAUACAGAUCCUCUACCAGCGCAUGAGAUAUGAAUAUGAGUUCUACUACUAUGUCAAAGAGCAGUUCCACCUGCUAAAGCGCAAAUUCGGACUUAAGUCUCAUAGCAGCGAACCACCUCCCAAGCCAGAAUUCUUUAUUCCUUCUCCCUUGGAAACUGAAGAACCGAUAGAUGAUGAGGAGCAAGAUGAUGAAAAGUGGUUAGAAGAUAUCUAUAAAAGGUGAUGCAAGCA